AUGAAGGCGUUUAGCCUGGUGUCCAUCUUAUUUAUCCUUCUACUGCUGCUGGGGAUGUCAUCAUGUACAGCUGAAAGUGUUGUGAAUCCCUGUUGCUACUAUCCUUGUGACAACGGCGGAGUGUGUGUGAGAUUUGGCACUGACCGCUACGAGUGUGACUGCACCCGCACCGGCUACUAUGGGCAAAAUUGCACUAUUCCGGAGUUCUGGACAAAGGUUCGCCUCUUCCUGAAACCCAACCCUAACAUCGUCCAUUACAUCCUCACCCACUUCCAGUUCAUCUGGGACAUGAUCAACAACUCUUUCCUGCGAGACACAUUCAUGAGAUUGGUCCUCACGGUGAGAACCAACCUCAUCCCAAGCCCCCCGACUUACAACUCUAAAUAUGGAUACCUCAGCUGGGAGGCCUACUACAACCACACCUACUACACCCGGAUGCUGCCCCCUGUUCCUGAGGACUGUCCUUUGCCCAUGGGAACAAAAGGAAAACGGGUUCUCCCUGAUCCCAAAAUGCUGGUAGAGCGUUUUUUUAAGAGGAGGAAAUUCAGGGCGGACCCCCAAGGAGCAAACCUGAUGUUUGCCUUCAUGGCUCAGCACUUCACCCACCAGUUCUUCAUGACCGACUAUAAACUGGGACCUGCAUUUACCAGGGGUCUAGGACAUGGGGUUGAUGCUGGCAACAUCUACGGAGAAACCCUUGAGCGACAGCUACAGCUUCGCCUUCUCAAAGAUGGAAAGAUGAAAUAUCAGCUAGUAAACGGUGAGAUGUACCCCCCCUCCGUAGCAGAUGUCCCUGUGUACAUGCAAUAUCCCGAAGACUUCCCCACUGACCAGCAGCUGGCCAUCGGUAACGACGUGUUUGGCGCGCUGCCGGGUCUUGGUAUGUACGCCACCUUAUGGCUGAGGGAGCACAACCGAGUCUGUGACAUCUUGAAAGCAGAUCAUCCCACGUGGGACGACGAGCAGCUCUUCCAAACUGCCAGACUCAUCAUCAUUGGGGAGAUCAUCCGCAUUGUGAUUGAAGAGUAUGUGCAGCAGCUUAGCGGUUACCAUCUGCAGCUGAAGUAUGACCCUGCCUUGCUCUUCAAGGAACAGUUCCAGUACAGCAACCGCAUCGCCCUGGAGUUCUGCAUCCUCUACCACUGGCACUCCCUGAUGCCUGACAGCUUCCUCAUCGACGGAGACGACGUCCCCUACUCCCAGUUCUUUCACAACAGCUCGCUCAUCUUUCAUUACGGGAUAGAGAAAAUGGUGGACGCCUUCUCUCGACAGCCUGCUGGACAGAUCGGAGGGGGUAAAAAUUUUCACCCAAUGAUUCUCAGAGUGUCAGAGGCGGCCACGAAACAUUCCAGAGAUCUACGAUUGCAGCCCUUCAACCAGUACAGGAAGAAGUUUGAGCUCAAGCCAUAUGCCUCUUUUUCUGAAUUCACUGAUGAUAAGGAGAUGGCCAAAGGGUUGGAGGAGGCUUACGGUCACAUAGACGCUUUGGAGUUUUACCCUGGCCUCAUGCUGGAGAAGGCGCGCCCUAAUGCCAUAUUUGGCGAGAGUAUCGUGGAGAUGGGCGCUCCUUUCUCCCUGAAAGGCCUGAUGGGAAACCCCAUCUCCUCCCCUGAGUACUGGAAGCCCAGCACCUUUGGAGGACAGAAAGGCUUUGAUAUAGUUAACAAAGCGACCCUGAAGAGACUGGUGUGCCUCAACACCAAGUGGUGUCCGUACGUCGCCUACCACGUCCCACGCACCAAGGAAGAGGCGCGUCCACGGCAACCAUCCACUGAGCUUUAG